UGUUCUCCAGGAUCGAUCCCUGAGGAGGACGGAGGGAAGCUGUAUAACAGCUGUACGGUGUUCGGUCCUGAUGGAGAUCUGAUCCUCAAACACAGGAAGAUUCACCUCUUUGACAUCGACGUUCCGGGGAAAAUCCGCUUCCAGGAGUCUGAGACUCUGAGUCCGGGUGACAGUCUGUCCACGUUCGAGACCCCGUUCUGUAAAGUGGGCGUGGGGAUCUGCUACGACAUGAGGUUUGCAGAGCUGGCUCAGCUCUACAGUCGGAGAGGCUGUCAGCUGCUGGUCUACCCCGGAGCCUUCAACAUGACCACGGGACCGGCUCACUGGGAGCUCCUUCAGAGGGGGAGGGCUCUGGAUAACCAGGUGUUCGUGGCCACAGCGUCUCCUGCCCGAGAUGAGGCGUCCUCGUACGUGGCCUGGGGUCACAGCACCGUGGUGAACCCCUGGUACAGAAACACCCACAACAUGUUUCCUCUGACCUUUUCUCCACUCUGCCUCCUCGUCUCCUCUGUCCUCCUGCCUGUUACCCAGAAAUCAUCUUGAAAAUCACAUUUUAAUGCCUCAGUUUGGUUGUUUUUCCUCAUGGAAGCUUUCAUCACACAUGAUGUGUUCACGGACCGUUGGAAAGAUGACAAUCUGAGGAUAAUGUCGUUUUUUUUGCCGAUCAUUUUUAAAAGAAAACAUGCUUUUCAAGUUCAGAGGGUUAACUGAAGUUGCUUUAAAUUGUUGAGGAGAGCAGGCGAGGAAAGGAAUCAAGGAUGUACAAACUGAGAAACGAGAAGAGCCGCGUGUCUGACUGUUAUGUGCGGUGAAGGCAACACAAGUUAGUUUGUGAAUGAAAGGUUUGAAACAAUUCAAACCAAACAGAUGAAGAAAUCUGCUCAAAGUAAAACAGAGUUCACUACGUUCAGAACCGCGCUGGAUGUUUUCUACUCGCAGCAAAUACUUUGACAUACUUUAACGUUAUAAAUAUGAAGUUAUGUAUUAUAAUGUUCCUUUAAGUUGACUAACGGACGUAUUAUCUUCAGGAAUACACAAAAUAUUUAAAGUAAAUUCCUGAGAGAUAAUUAUCACGUACUUUAUUAUU